AACUGAUGAGUUCUGUUCUUUUCCAGCCGGGCCCCUCAGAUGAGGGCUGCUCCCAGAAGAGCACCAGCAGCUCAGCCUCCAGCCACAGCUGCCGCCCCAUCUGCAGUCGGCUCCCCUGUUGCUGCCCCUCUACAGCCAGGCCUGAUGGCCCAGAUGGCUACCACUGCAGCCGGUGUGGCUGUGGGCUCUGCGGUGGGGCACACCCUGGGUCACGCCAUCACCGGGGGCUUCAGCGGAGGGGCUAAUGCUGAGCCUGCGAGGCCUGACAUCACUUACCAGGAGCCUCAGGGGACCCAGUUGCAGAACCAGCAGUCUUUUGGACCUUGCUCUCUAGAGAUCAAGCAGUUUCUGGAGUGUGCUCAGAACCAGAGCGAUGUCAAGCUCUGUGAGGGCUUCAAUGAGGUGCUGCGGCAGUGCAGGAUUGCAAAUGUGGACCAUCCCCCGACAGUGGAUCAUGGAGAGAAGAAUGUUAAAAGAAGAAAAUAUAACGAGGGCUUUUUACAGUAUGGUUUUACCUCAGCCAUCACAGCGGGGACUGAGAGACCGCAGUGUGUCAUCUGUGGGGUGGUUCUCUCGGCGGAAUCUAUGAAGCCCAACAAACUGAAACGCCAUUUUGAAAGCAAGCAUUCGAGCUUCGCCGGCAAGGAUACCAACUAUUUCAGAAGCAAAGCUGAUGGGCUCAAGAAAGCCAGACUUGACCCUGGCAGCAAGACCUACAAACAGAACGUGGCAGCCGUGCAAGCUUCCUAUUUGGUGGCCCUCAGAAUCGCCAGAGAUAUGAAACCUCACACCUUCGCCGAGCAUUUACUGUUCCCAGUGGCCAAAGACAGCGUCCGAGUUAUGAUUGGAGACGAAUUUGUUACGAAAUUGAGUGCGGUUUCCUUAUCUAACGACACCGUCCGAAGAAGAAUCCACGACAUGUCUGCCGAUAUCCUCGAUCAGGUAAUCCAGGAAAUUAAAUCCGCUCCGCUUCCAGCGUUCAGUAUCCAGCUCGACGAAUCGACAGACGUUGCAAGCUGUUCGCAGUUACUGGUUUACGUGAGGUAUAUUAAAGAUGGGGACUUUAAAGAUGAGUUUCUUUUCUGCAAACCUCUUGAAAGGACAACUACCGCCCUUGAUGUAUUCGAGGCAGUUGGCUCAUUUCUGAGACAGCAUAAGAUCUCCUGGGAAAGCGUCUGUGGUGUUUGCACAGAUGGCGCUCCAGCCACGCUAGGAUGUCAGUCUGGUUUCCAGCGUUUGGUCCUAAAUGAGUCACCAAAAGCCAUUGGAGCUCACUGCAUGAUGCAUCUGCAGACACUAGCAAUGAAGACCCUGCCACAGGACUUACAGGACGCCAUGAAAAGUGUCCUGAGUUCCGUCAGUUUCAUAAAGGCGAGCUCUUUGAACAGUCGACUGUUUCUGCAGCUAUGCAGUGAUUUAGACGCUCCGAGCAAAGCCCUCCUUCUUCACACUGAGGGGAGAUGGCUGUCAAGAGGAAAAGUUCUAAAACGUAUUUUUGAGCUUUGUGACGAGCUCAAAAUGUUUUUUAAUCAGAAAGCCAUACGGCAGUUUGAGGCGCUUUUCAGUGAUAAAAGCGAACUGCAGAAGAUAGCUUACUUGGUCGACAUCUUUACCAUCUUGAACGAGUUGAAUUUAUCACUGCAAGGACCAAAUUCAUCGUGCCUCGAUUUGUCGGAAAAGAUCCAGUCAUUCCAAAUGAAACUUCAGCUCUGGCAGAAGAAACUGGACGAAAAUAAAAUUUACAUGUUGCCUACGUUAUCCGCUUUCUUUGAGGAACAUGACGUUGAACCACACAAAAGGACGACGGUGGUGACUUCCGUGAAAGAACACUUGGACAUGCUUGCCGGUGAAAUUUCUUGGUACUUUCCCAAUCUACCUGACGUCCCAUUUGCACUUGCCAGAAACCCAUUCACAGUCAGAGCUGAAGAUGUCCCCGAGACAGCGCAAGACGAGUUCAUCGAGCUUACGAACAGUGAUGUGGCGAGAGCCGAUUUCUCCACAAUGCCAGUGACACAGUUCUGGGUCAAGUGUUUGCAGUCGUACCCGAUUCUGUCUGAGAUGGUGUUGCGACUCCUCCUUCCAUUCGCAACAACAUCUCUUUGUGAAACAGGGUUCUCCAGCUUGUUGGUCAUCAAGUCCAAGUACAGAAGUAGGCUUGUCGUGGAAGACGACCUCCGGUGUGCUCUCGCAAAGACCACCCCAAGAAUUUCUGAUCUGGUGAGAAAGAAGCAGUCUCAACCCUCGCACUGACUGACGUUGGCUUUUUACAAAUAGUGUUCUGAAAUGUAGCAAUGUGGUUUACCUCAUUCUAGUAAGACUGUUACCCGUGCCACACUGUGCUUCAAGACAAAAUUUCAUAUACUCAUCAUUAGUAAUAAAUAUUUCCACAGAGAAACCCUGUCUCAAAA